UACAAAUAUAUAUUUGAGGAAGCGUGCCAUAAUUAUGUACGUAUUCUGGCUAAAGAUGACGAUCAAAGUAUUCUGAUUUGUGGUACGAAUGCAUUUCAACCGAUAUGCCGAAAAUAUGAAAGUGAAAAAUACGGUGAUUACAGACAGAGUUUAGAAUUUUCUGGACUCGGUAUUGCACCUUAUGAUCCAAAUCAUAAUUCAACAUUUCUUCGAGAUGGUGAUCUAUUGUAUGCUGGAACAGUAUCAGACUUUUCCGGUGCUGAUCCAUUGAUACAUCGACGAAAUAUUACAAAAAUUCUUGAUUUGGGUAUCCGUACGGAACGAAAUGAUAUCAAAUUUUUGAAUGAACCACAUUUUGUUGGUUCAUUUCGAGAUAGUAAAUAUGUGUACAUUUGGCUUCGUGAACAAGCAGUUGAACAUGAAUCAUGUAAUGAUGGUGCUAUCUACUCUCGUAUUGCUAGGCUCUGUCGAUCAGAUAAUGGUGGUCCAAGGCCUUAUUCGAAUGAAUGGACAUCGUUUGUAAAAGCUCGAUUAAAUUGCUCCAUACCGGGCCAUUAUCCGUUUUAUUUUGAUCAG